GUUGAUUUUUAACUGGAGUAUUUCAGAGUUCUUCUGCUGAAUUUUCCACCUCUCUUGACGGCUCUACUCUCUCACACUCUGGAGCUGCAGACCUAGAGUGAACAUCUUUAGGAUUAAUUGAGAGGAGAAGGGAGAAAAGUAGCGUUCGUGAGAAAGGGAUUGAGUUCCACUCAGAGCGUCCAGUCGUUUCUCUGCUGCGAGGGAGCAUCAGUGCAAACUCAAGGAUCUGCCCUCUUAGCGGGUCACUCUGUCGGACCGAUGUGGAAUGUGACCCUUUGUGACCCUGUCCCACAAGCGUCCAUUCAGUGAACAGGACUAAGAAGAGAGCGCAUAAAAGACAAGAGGUGCAGAGGUUGACACAAUAAGAGAAGCAAAGUAGUGGCAGCAGGAGCACACAGACUGCAUUCCGUAAUGCCAGUGGAGACCCUUCGACCCUCAGAUGGACGUCUGGCGGGAGGUCCCUUCACUUCUGCCAUGCCUUUCCGCAUCCUCAACAAAGGGCCGGAUUAUUUUCGCCGGGCUCCAGAGCCAGGAACACGAAAGCCAAGUGCAGUCGAGCGUCUGGAGGCCGAUAAGGCCAAGUACGUGAAGAGCCAGCAAGUAGUCCUCACAAAACAGGAGCCCGUCAAACCCCCAAUCAUCCGCAAACCAUUGUUGUCACCAGGAAUGCUUUUGCACUGUAGGAUAAACACUCCACCCACCAGAAAGGUCCCACGCAGACCGGCAGAUUCCGAAAACGGGUGUGGAACUAUGCAGGGCGUACGCAGGGGCCCACCGCUUAACCUGGAGAUACUAAAUAACCUUAUCAAUGUCUGUGAUGGGCCAACGUCAUCCUCUCCUACCCCCUCGUCACCGUCUGCCUCUUCGCCCUCGUCUGGAAGUAAAAGCAUGGAAAGUGGUCCCCCAACAGUGCCCCCACGCUCUUUCAACCUGGAGAGCCAUGUUCCCUCAACACCCAACUCCUCCUGCACCUCUUCCCCUCUGAACAACUCUACCCGCGCCCCAUCUGCAGAGCUGAGCCGCAGGCCUCCCCCUGUUCCAGCCAGGGCACCCAGGCCGGUAACAGCACAGGGGUGUUAUAGUUCCCCAAACUCUAUGACGGUGCGGAGGGUGGACGUGCGACCCCAGGCAGAAGUCAGGAAGCCCCAGAGGGUGCCUCUGCAACCCCAGCCCAAACCCCGCCAGACUGCACAGCCGCAGGUACCACCUUCAUCUCAACCCCAGCCUCCAUCACCGUACUUGCCCUCCAGCCCUAUGCUCGUACGAGCCAGCGCACUUCCUCCAGCAUCCCCGGCCUUCACCCGGCUCUCGUCAGCCAGCUCACGGGGCUCCCGUCCUGGCUCGGUGAGAAAGCACCCCUCCCUGCAUCGCUCCAAAUCUGAUCUCAGUGACCGCUACUCGCGGGCCACCGCCGACCUAGAGCGCUUCUUCAACUACUGCGGACUGGACCCAGAGGAAGUGGAAGGCAUGGGUGGUGUGGAACGAUUUGCCCGUGCCAGUUCAGACAUUGUGUCUGUGUCCAAGCUCCGUAGUGUCAGCACACCCAGCUCUGAGUGUGGAGAGGGAGACGAUGGAAGGAGAGGGGAAGAGGAGGAGGACGAUGAUGAAGAAAACGGACCUCCUAGACCCAGUGAGCGUGUCCCCUAUGGCAUCUCUGUCAUCGAGAGAAACGCCCGAGUCAUCAAGUGGCUUUAUGGCAUCCGACAGGCACGGGAUGCCGCUCACAGCGUCUCCAAUGUGUAGUAUUUUUCUGACUGUCAAAGGGCAGUCUAUGAACAGUCUAGCAAGGGUGUCAGAGGACCCAGGAGAAUGUGAUGUGGACUGAGAUUUGCAGACACCAUGUUCAUGAUUUUUUUUAUAUGUAGGCUAUUUAUUAAAGUGUUUGAGACCAUUGGAGGCGCUAAGCUAUCUUUUUUCAUUUGUAUAUUUCUGUUCAAAAGAAUAUUUUCUUUUCUCUUUUUUUUUGCCUUAAAAAAAGUUUGAGGAUAUAAUUUUCAUGGGACUUCUUAAACAUGUUGCAGAAAUCUAUGGUCUUUGACACCCCACUGUUUUGGGAACAUGUGCUGUCAAGAUCAUUUACCUCAGAGAGCAAACAUGAAUAUCUGACAUUUAAACUGUCUGCGCACAGACUUUGAAGGGAAAGUCAUUAAAAGCAAUAAUAAUAGAGUUGGUCCUGAAAGCUUUUAGUGAGUGAAUGAUGAUGAUGAUGAUGGUGGUGGUGGUGGUAUGACAGCAGUAGAUCUGCUGAGAUAAUGCUGUUGAUCAGGUACUUAGUCUUUAUUAAUUUACAGGGACGAUGUAACUGUGGCUUCAUAAAUCUAAUCUGGGGUCGAACGGUGGUAUGACUGAUAACUUUAUCAAGUACUGUCUAGCCUGAGAAACUUGUCCUGUUUGUUCUUUUUGAUUAUAGGAUGUUGAAGGACAGCCCGGUGUGUUAUUCCUGGGAUUAGUAGUGUUAUGAGGCCACAGUUUCCCAUCACUGUUACUUGCAAGUCAGGGCUCAGCUAGAGGGUUGAAUGACUUCAGAGGCAGGACAAAAGUCCAGCAAACACACACACACACACUCAAAGCAACAAAAGCAAACACUCAAAGAUACAUUCACACAAUCACACUCACAAAAAUCCCCCUUCAAAUUUUCACACCAAACUCACUGUGCACAUAUCAUUGGUCCACUGGUCUCAAAUCUGCUUUGGUGUCAAAGAGCACAAUUAAACGAUGGAGGUUAUGGAUCAGGAAGGAAAGAGACUCCAUGAUACUGUGAAGAUCAAACUGCUUCUGUGAACACACAUACUCUCUGUUACUAGGGCUCUUAGACUGUUAAUGUUCAACGCAGCUGAGCAUGCAAAGAGCUCUGUUAGAACUGCAUGCAUGUAUGUGCAGGUAUUAGAUGUAGUUACUUAUGGACAGCCAUUUCACAAUAGCACAGCUGUUACGUAUACACUCACAAACCACAGGUUCUGCUACAAACGGGUGCGAUAACAAUAUUUUUGUGAUUUGAAAAAGUGUUGAUGUAUGUGUUGGUAUUACUGGUUUUUGUUUGCUUUCUCUUUGAAAGGAUGUUUGUCGUGUUAUGAAUGGGUGGGUGAAGUAAGUAGGGAAUGAGAAGGAGGGAUAAAGUUCUCUCAAGUAUGAGAACACAAGGGUGACCAGGUGAAUGAAGGUGGCCAGAAAGAUGGAAAGACAUCACUUGAACAGAGACAAAGCCUUGAAAAAUAAUUGAAGAUCUGAAGGAACUGUUUUUCUGUUGAUGUUGUUUGCAUGGAGCGUGACCUGACAAAUAACCUGACAAAUUUAAAUAGUUUUCAGCUGUUUUCAGCAUUUCAUGUUCAUAAUACAAUAUGUUUGCUUCAAAAUGUUGAAUGGGGGGUUUCACUAUAAAGACUAUCAACACCAAAUACACAUAUCAACACGAAAUCACAUGCAAAAGUACAAUCCCACCCAAAAUUUUGUUCAGGAAGCAGAACAGUGUGACUCGGGUUUUCCGUAAGGGGGACUCUAGUGAAUAUGUGAUGUGAUGUGGAGUGGAGUACUGGCCAGUCACAGAUGGCUGAACAAUCUCUCUGCUGCAAAAUCUGUGUCUUCUCAUGUCAAUAA